AGUAAGCAAAAAUUGCAGAUGGACUCCAUGGACUGGUAAGCCGCGAGAUUGUUUUGAGUAUAAAAGGCUUUCGAGCGGAUUUUUUGUCGAAAGCUCUCCUGGAAGUUAUCCAGUGCAAAUGAAAAACGUUAAUUGAUCUUGCUUGGUCGUCAUUGUCUCGGUCGUUGUAUAUUAUGCCACAAUGCAGCAGCUCCAAAAGGUAAUUGUCAACUGUAUACCUUGGCUUUAAAAAUGAUUACUGCCGAAAUAUCCUCAUUGAUGCUGUAAGUUAUGUGAAAAAAUAUAUCAUUCACUAUUAUAAGAAUAUUCCAAAACAUCAUGGAGUCCUUAGAAGAAUCAACAUCAAAUCUAGAGAAGAUAGACAAUAAAAGUGAUGAUAAUAAAAAUGAAGACAAUUCUUUGAAGGAAAAUGGUAUGCAAGAAACUUUACCAAAAAAGAAGUUUGCUAAAACAAAUUUUGCAUUGAAAAUGAAGAAUAAAAAAAAAGAAGAAAAAUUAUCUAACCUUGAUACUAAUGAAACUUUAAGUGCUUGUAAGGAAGUUUCAAUAGAUGUCACCCGUCUUAACUCAAAUCCUGUGCCUAAAAUAAUCAAUGCAACAGAAAAUAAAAUGCGUAGAAGAAAAAGGUCUCAGUGGAAAAUGGGUAUAAUGAAAAAGAAAAAAAAAUAUGCAAAAGAUAUUAAAAUAAAUCCAUUGAGUAAAGGACUGGUUAAUGGCAUUGACGAGAAUAACCAUACUAGUGAGAAUAUUAAGACAACUGAAAGUUUGAAAAUAAAAACAGAUGAAUCCAUUCAUCUCAAGUCUGAAAAGAAAAAGCAACCUAGUGCUAUUGAUGGAGAAAGUUCACAGAGAAAAAAAAGUUUGAGAAGAACAAUGUCCAGCAUAUCCGAUGCAAGUGUUUUCAAACUUGAAAAUAAAUUAGAUGCGAUAUAUGUGGAAGAAGAAAAUUUCAGUUGCAGAAGAACAGAGCCAUUCAUUGGGAAAUUACUAACAAAAGAAUCUAGGGAUGAGAUAGCUAAUAGAAUUUUGAAAGGAGAGACAGAGCCAAAAGUUGACAGUAACAAUAAAACUAAUAGAAAGGAUGUUCCAUCAGAAAGUAAAGAAAGUAGAACUGAAGGUGUAAAUAAAUCACUUUUUGAAUCAAAUAAGAAAACUGAAAGCAAUGAUAAAACUAAUAGCAAAAUUGAGAAAAGUCCAAAAUCUACUAUGAUGGAUACUAGCAAAAUAGUGAUCAACUCACCAUCAACACAAUCUGUGAUGGAUAUUGAUGAAAAAGUGAUAAAUCAGCCAUCACAAGGAUCCACAUCAAAAAUAAUUGAAACCAAAGAAAGUGUUAAAAUUGAAGAACUAAGUUGUAGUCGUACAAUGCCGUUUGUAGGUAAAACUAUUCGAAAACACAUUGCUAGUGUACCUGAAAGGCUAAUAGAAAUCAAUUCUUCAAACAAUCAAAGCAAUGAAAAAUCUUUACCCAAAGAAGAUACCAAUAACCUGGAUUCCACAGCAGCUGAUAAAACUGAAUUGUUUGAUUUUCCAAAAGAUGUCAAUUUAAACAUAGAGUCUACUUUAGGAAUAAAAAUUCUAUCUGUAUCAUCUUUAAAAAAUGAUGAUAGUGUAAAGGCUGAUUUUCUAUCAGAAAAAGUUGAUGAGCUAGCCAAUGAACCAAUCGCCAUUCCUUUAAAAGAUACAAAGGUUGUUUCUGACUUUUCAAAUAAAAUUAACAUGGAUUCAGAUUGUUCUACCAAUAAAACAACAGCAAAAUCAAAGUUAUCCAAGAGUACAAAAUUAGACACAGCAAUAAAAAGUGUAGAAGAGCAAACUAAUUCUGUGUCAGAAAAAACAGAUACUAUAAGAGAAAGAAAGAGGUCCUCUGGGAGUGUUAAAAAAUGUUCUAAUUGGCGCAGUAAUGUUAGUGUAAAGUCAGACACCUUAUCGGAAGAGUUUGAUACAAAAUCAAUAACAUCAACCUUUGCAAUAGUGCGAAAUUUCUGGAGCUGUCAAAGAGUAGUACCCUUUCGAGGUAAAAAUAAACUACUUAUCAUUGAAGAAGCACCAAUUCAGACUGAAGUACCUUCCAUUGCACCAAAAAUUAGUUCAGUUCCAUCUAAUGAUCUAAUUGCACCCCCUGAACCUACUUCUGAUCGAUUAGUUUCAAAGGAAGUCAAUCAACUUCCUGAAAACACAAGUCAAAAUGAAACUGAAAAUAAUGUAACAAGUAAAGAUGGUGAACAAUUUGACUCUACAACAGAACCUUUAAAUAAUUCAGAUACCAGAAGCUCGACCACUUCACCAGUAUUGAAUGGUGAAUGGAAAUUCAGAAGAAAACGUCGAAUAUUGAGUUCAGAUGACGAAAAUCAGGAUGAGGAAAUACAGAAAACUAAAAAAUCCAAAGUCGGAUCAUCAGAUACUAAAACUCACACUCCAAAUAAAACUGGUACUCCAGUUCCUUCGCCUGGAAAAACUAUUUGUUCAUUUUUUUCAACCAAGUGUACAAAACAUGAUCAUUCUGAUAGUGACUCAUCGUUAAAAUCGACCGAUGUCAAACCUGAUGCUUACGUUUUGCUCACUAGAUUGGAGGAUAUGGAUGAUCUUGCAAUUCAAGAAUAUAUUGCAAAGACUGAUCUUUUUAGUGCAAAAAAAAAUUAUAAUCGCAUAAUUAUGAAAAAAAGUAGCAGUGAUACUUCAAAGACGAAACUUGAUAGAGAAAGACCUAUUUCUAAAUCAAGACAAGCUACCAAAGACAAUCUUACUCCUCCGACUAUGCAAGAAACAGCUCAAGAAAGUGAUUCUAGUUCAUCGUUCAGACCAAGUCAAGAAACCGAAGAUACUAGCAGUCAGUCUACUGGAACGUCUACUUCCAGGUCGCGAAGACGUGCAUCUAGUAGGACUUCUUCAGAAUCUCCAAUUUUAUAUGCUAAAAGAAAAAAGCGACCUGUCAAUUAUUUAGAAGAGUUUAGUGAUUCGGAUGAGGAUAAUCAGUCGUCUUUCAGAAAAUUGAGAUCGCAGAUUCGAGGAUCAAUAUUACAUGAUCGUAACAAAUCUGAUACUCAAGGUAUUCUGGAUGGAGACGAGAAUGACAUGGAGGUCGAGGAAUUUUCACGAGUUGGUCGUCAGAAUAGAGUUGAAGAUUCUAAUCAUGAAGACUCUGAACAGGAUUGCUCGCGUACUCAGAAUAUGGAAGCCUUAGAUGUAUUUAAGAAAACUGAAAUGAGAUGUAAAAGCGUCGCUGAGAAAAAGAUAAUUGGUACUUCGAAAUAUCCCACAAGAUCAAAGACUCCGCAUAUUGGCAUGUCGAUGGAAAAACCCAUUAAAGUGUUUAGUACAAGCGAAAUAGACAAUAAAAAAUUGGAAGAGGAUCUAUUUCGAGAUCUUAAGUCGAUGGAAGAAACACUCAAUAAAGAGAUGGAAAAGAUGGGACUCAUUCCGUCUGGCUCAAGUAAGAGUACGUGUCAGAAAAUUCCUAGUCUCAACCAUCAAAUUUCUAGUGAACAGUUACCUUCAACACCCACUGUUUCCGCAAAUAAAUCAAUCACGCCUAAAAAAAUUCUGAGUACACCUCAAAGUGAUAGUUCACGAAGUGGUGCAUCUACUACUUCUCGAAGGUCUGUCACUUUUCAAAAGAAUAAAUUACUAUCUAAGGUCACAAAGUCUGCGUCAGAGCUUAUGGAGUCUGACAGGAAGAAGGAAAUGAGUACAAAAAACAUUAGGGUUCAACUUAUAAAAUUGGAGGCGGUAUGUAGCGAUUACAAGGACUACUCAGCUGGCGAAAUUGAAUUGCUGACAAACAAGUAUAUCGACAUGCUGAUGAAUUCAAACUUUGCAUGUGACACUUGGCGUGUCAAUCCGAUUAAGCUUGCAACAUCGUACACUCGUACGGUUGAUGUACGUGGUGAUGGAGAUUCCGAUAUGGAAUCUCAAGAUAACGAACCAUUGCCAUUCGAGGAGGUACAAGUUCCUAUGGAUUCUGUCGAUAUAAAUGCAGAACAAAGUACCAUUAAUGAAAGCCUGAAACGCAAAUCUCCCAAAAAAUCGAACAAGCAGUCCGCCGGGCAGUCUGCAAUCUCAUUGCUCUCCCCAGAGACGAAUUCACAAGAAAAAACCUUCGGGGCAAUCAAUAUCUCGGAAGUCUUGAGUCAGCCAGCAGCCGUUGAAGAAGAUGCUGAGAAUAUGAGACCAGUCGAUUCGAACGCGGAAUGUGAUACCCAUGAGAAUAACGUUUCGGUCGGACGCAUGAAAGAUUCUGAAAUGAUAUUAGUCAAUGGAACGGAAGUGCAUGCUUGUACUCUAUGCAACAAAAUUUUCACGGAGAAACAGUUACUUCAAAAACACGUUCAUGAAAAUCAUAGUACUGCUGAAAUAUCCUGCUCUAAUACAACUGUUUCUUCAAAAUCUAUCGAAAAAAGCGCUCCAGGUCCUGCAUCGUCGAAGAAAAAAUCAAAGAAGUUGAAACAAAGUAAUAGCAAUAAUCUCACGUGCACUAUAUGUUCAGAAACGUUUGCGACAAAAGAACUGUUAUUUGAUCAUAUAAUGACGCACAAUGAGAAAGACCUUCAAGAAGCUUAUAAGGCUGCUAAGCUCGCUAAACUUCAACAAAUUGGCGAAACAGAAGACACAGACGAGGAACAAGCCCAAGGCAAAAAGCAGAAGAAGAAAUCGAAACAUAGGAAAAGUACCGACAGUUCAUCAACAGCAGUCAGCACCGAUGAAUUGGCUAUUGAUGAUGCUAGAGUCGCUACUUCAUUAGUUGAUGCAAUUUCACAACAGGUUUCGGGCUUGGAUGUUUCAGCCACCACCCAAAGUCUACCAGUCACAUCUAACGAUAAAGUUUUAACGGUAUGCCAAUGCCAUGUUCACGAGUUAACAACUCAAGAUUUACAUAUCGAAAUGGUUCUACUUUGCACGGGUUGCAAUGUCAUUUAUCGUCGCCGCGACUGCUUCGAGGUGCACUACCGUACCAGUAAUGAGUGUCGUAUCAAGCGUUCUAAUAGCGAAGUGACCAAAUCUCCAAAGCUCUUCUGCAGUGGCUGUCGAUGCGUUUUAAACUCACUCUUGGAAAUGCGUGCUCACUUGGAGGAACACGCCGAGAAAAACUGUACAGGAACCGUAACUUUUCUAUGCAACAUCUGCAAAGUGGCUUUCUUUGGUGUUGGAGGGAUCUUUUAUUCGCAUUGGUUCAAUCAUACAAAGUCGCCGAAUUUUGUUGCUAGUCGUUACUCAUUUCCCAAGUUGUCAGUGGUUUCUGUGUUAGAGGACGUUAACGGAACUAUGACAACUAGUAAAAGUCAGGAAGGAUUCUUUUAUAUUGCUGAACAUGUUUGUCGGGAGUGCAGAUUACCAUUCAGCUCAGACCCUGAGCUUCAAAAACAUAAGCAGCAUCCUUGUCAAUCUCCCCAAUCUGUCAUCCCACGAGUAGAACCACCGGAGAACAGUCGGCUUCAAAUGAUCAAGCUCAUCUGCGAUCUUUGCAAAAAGUAUUACGUCAGCAAAGAUAAUUUCGACAAACAUUGCAACGAUCGCAACCAUCUUAAAACACCUAUCACAAAGUUCUCUCGGCUGCCUGUCUCCAAUACUGAGCAAGUGUUUGUCUGCAGUUUGUGUCGUGGCCUUAGCAAGACCUUAGACGAAAUGAAAGAACACUGGAAGCGCGUGCACAGUCCCAUAAUGGAGUUGUACACUUGUAAAACUUGUAACGUCGUGCCUUCGAAUGACGUGGCCAACUACACAUACGAGAAGUUUGAACGUCAUUGUCGAAUGGUACAUAAGAGCGAAGUAAUUACUUGUCUCGUGUAUUUUGUUACUGCUAGGUACGUGUGCAAUAUUUGUAAGUUUGGUUUUGAGACCGAGAAGUCAAUGAAAGAACACGAGUUGGUACAUCAGAAGAAGAUUACGACUCAAAAUUUCUCUAUGCAAAAUUCAACGGCUCCGUUACCUUUGGCAGCCACACAGACUGCAACUUUUUAUGUGGCUGAUAAUAUACAGGUGGACGGAGGACGAAGAUUACACCCAGUGGUUGUGCAGUAUCCUAAUAUAAAGGGAACUCUUGUUGGCCCAAUGACAGUGACUCAAUUGCCAAAUCAACCACAAUUACAAUUACCUAGUCAAAUUAGCCAACCGAUUCCCGCUAUUGGUAAUCAAAUAAUGCUACCAACAACGAACAUGGUGAUACUGCCAAAUGCCACGGCUGCCAAACAGGACAACAACACCGAGAUACGUAGCUUAUUACAAGGUGCACUUCAAGGUCCAACACAACACUCAAAUGUGGCUCUUUCUCGAGAUCAACAACAAUCUGCCACUGAGAAGGUCGUGGAAACGAUAGAGCUCGAUUCAAGGUCCAACAGUCCAGUGUUGGAUUCAUCAACAGCAAGUACUUCAAACAACUCGAAUUCAGUUGCUGCCGUGAAAAAGGUUUACAUGACUAAAGUUAAUCCAAAUUUCGAAACGAUUCUCAAGACAACGGCUGUCAACCAAGAAAAUCGCGAUAGCACCAGCACUCCGAAUUCCGAUAAAGGUCGACCUAAUCGCAACGAUAACGCUACACCCGCGGAAGUUGAUACUUUGACUCCACAGCCAUUUGAAGUGGUACUCGUGACAGACGAACUUAGCGAAAAUUCUGAUCAAGACAAAAAUGACAAUCUUGGCGCUAUGUCAGAUGAACAGCCACAGCAACAAGCUCCAGAAAGUAUUGAAACAAAAUCCUUUUUACGUGUUCGCUCGGUUGCCGAGCUUCAGAGCAUAAAAAUUAACUUGUGCUCGAUAUGCGGUCUGAGCUUCGAAACGCCUCAUGCUUUCGAGCAACACGAGAAACAGCAUCGAGCUAUGGGUGAAAUCGAGCGUACUACUCCUGUGCAGAUGAUUUCACCAAUGGUCACACCGGCUAGCAAGGAAACUACUAAUGAUUCUCACUCUGUGCUUCUAACCCAAAUGAAGCAGAAGUUGGCUUUGAACAUGUCCAAUGGAUCAAACGCUUCUAACGCCAGUACAUAUAUGCGUACUAGAGCGAUGCCAAAUGUACUUCCUCAUCAACCUGUGUUACCGCCCCAACAACAGCAAUCGUGGUAUCCAACGACUAGCACUACCACUUCGUCGCUGUCAAACAUAAAUUAUAAUACAACCCAGUCGUUACAAUCAAUACCACAACAGAGUGUUCUUCGACAAGCAAUCAACUCAGCACCGAUGAACAGAACUGGCUACACGACUGUUCGGCCUCCACCUCCCUACCCUAGCACUUCCAAUUCCAUAGCAUCUGGCCGACCAAGUUCCAUACAUCUUCCUGAGCGUAGUACGACGGGUAAUAUUCCACCGCAAACGAAAAGACCAUCUGGCGCAGCAACUAGGAUUCCUCAACAAAGUUUGCAAAGUUACGACGAUAUGGGCAACCGUCAAACCGUAAGUUCGGUUUGGGGUUACAGCUCGGGUGCCACCGUCACUUAUAAUCCACCGCCUCAACAACCAUCCGCUUCAAAAACGUAUGGGCCAACUUCAACCACCAUAAAUUAUUCCACAAUGAACAGCACCGUAAACUACCAAAGCGUCCCACAAUCGCAGCCACGACAACCGGCACCACAAAAGAACAUCAUUUACACCUGCAAGCAUCCAAAUUGUUUUUACCGUUCAGCUAGUCUUGCCGGUAUUCGAGCCCACGAAACAAUUCAUUUAUUGCCUCAACAAGGACAACAGUCUCAACAGCUUCCAACUACAUCGAACAAUCACCAACAACAGCAGCAGAUACAGAUGCAGCAGCAGCAGCAGCAGCAGCAGCAGCAGCAGCAGCAACAACUUCCGCGUCUUCUUCCCGUCAGCCAAAUGCCCGAAAGAACUCGCCACGCCGUACCUACCAGUCGACCACCGGGUGUUUCUAGUAACACGGAUAAACGCAUUACUUGUCGCAUCUGCAACUUGAAUUGUGCAACUAGUAUCGAAUUGAUUGAGCACGUGUCGUCGAUGCAUAGUGGUGCCAAUCAAGUCUGUUGCUACGUGUGCGACUACUGUCCAUCGCCGUUGAUCUUCGACACAGAAGAUCAACUACGUAAACACAUGAAUAUCAGUCAUAAUCAUUCAUGUGAGCUUUGUAACAAGAGGUAUCCCUCCAAAGAAGACUUGAUGUUACACAUGGAAGUUCACAUGAGGAGAACUUGAUGUCGACGAAGAGCGAAUAAUGACAGUGAGAUCGAGGACGACUCUUGAGAUUUAUCACGAAUAUCUAAAGAGACAAACUGUGGAAUUUUUGAAUCUUAAUGAGAAAAAGAGAGAGAGAGCGAGACGAAAGUUCAUUCAAAGAAUUGUAGUGAGUACAACGAGCUUUGCUCUUAUGUAAAGCAUUGCAAAACGUAUCUAUAGCCCUUUUUUCGUAAUUGUAAAGAUAGUUUGAUUAAACUGGAGAAAAAGAAAAUCUAUCCUGAGCAUAGUAUCGGCGUAUUGUUUAUAUUUGUGUGAAUGCUUUGAAUUUGUGCUUAGAUCAUUAUUGAACUUUUGUUAUUUUGAAUUUCAUAUUAUAAUAAUGUUUCCACCAACUUACUUUGAUGUUUGAUACAUACGCGUAGUUACGACAAGAGGUCAUUAAUUAUUCCACAAUUUUCUGAAGCGGUGUAUCGCUAUAUUAUAGAAUAAUUCCAAAACACACACAAUGUCGCCUGUUCUAGAGAAACGUUUGAACAAAACUAUUUAACUAUAAAGUAAAAGAGAUCGUCACUUUUGUUAUAACAAUGUUAAACGUAAAGAAAAUGAACUUGAUAGUUGUAAAAUAAUUUGUAAAAAGAAGUUGCGCAUGGAUAAUGUGAAAAUCCUAAAAUUAUUGGAACAAUUUUUGUAAUUUUUCAAAUUUCAUAGUUCUGCAAAACAGUAUCUAAAAAAUCGUUGCCAGAAACGCCUGUUUGUGUUUCAGAAAAGAAAUAAGUUAACUUUGUAAAAUAAGUAUAACGUAAAAACAGUAGAAUAUCUAAUAUCAUUUUAAUGACGACGGAAAACGUGUAACAUUAUGACGUCGAAAUAACUUUGCUGAAUUCACGAUGAAAAUUUUGAUACAUAACUUUUCAUAUAUUUUUCAAAUAGUAUUCCGUAAGUGCUCAUAUUUAGGUUGAUAAAAGAUUAAUAGGAUUACUUUUAGAUCGUUAAUCAAUAUUACUAUAAAAAUUCUCGUUUGAUUUUGUAUUUUUAGACAAGCAGUUGAAUAUAAGUAGUCAAGUAAUAUUGUAGGUGAAUACAAAAAUAAAAAAAGUAAUAUGCUGCAAAAAUUACUAAGUACAUUGCUAUUUGGCUGUAAUAGUUUUUAUUGAAAAAAAAAAACAAUUAUUUAGAUUUUAGAAAACGCUGUUGGAUUUUAUUUUCAUAUUUCGUUAAUAUCAGCGUUUUCAUGUCCUAAAUAUUGAUAAGUAAAAAAAAUUUACAAAUUUUUCAUUUCCAAAUAUGAAGAAAUACAGCAAAAUAUUUUAUUUCGUAAUACUUUAUACUUCAGGUCAUCGAAAGCACAUAAAAUAUAAUUGAACCAGAUUCCAAUUUCGUUAUUAAUGAAAGAAAUUAUUGUAUAAAAUAGGUUCGAAAAGGCGCCUCGAAAUAGCCAUAAAAGAAAUAUACAUUUGUUGGAAUUAUGCCGAAUAUAUUCACGUAAAGAUGUAUCUAAUUUUUGCGUUUUCAAGUGUAUUUUACGUUCUUCUAUACAAGAACGUUUAAUUAAAAAGCGAUUGAUAUUCGCCACUUUAGUUUAUUAUUUCAUGUAAAUGAAUCAUUACGACACCGCAUUGCUGUAAUAAAUGUGACACUUUUUCUACAUUUUUUAUCUUAUUUUUUUAUACCUUUAAUUUUUAACUUUCUGAUAAGGUACUUGAAUGGUCUUAUGAAGAUAAUUUAAUUCUAAGCUUCAAUUAAUACAUUACUAAUAUGUAUCAUUAGAUUGCUGUUGAAGAUUUCCAGCAAAUUUUUUUGUACAUAUAAGAUUAUUUUGUAAAAAUAUAAAA